AGAAAAGAGCUCAAAUAAAUAAUUGAUGGCGAUUGAUGCUGUUCAGGACAAAGCUUUGCGGAAAACCAGUGCAUCCGAUUUCGAGCGGUUUUGGAAUCUUCUGCCAAGUAAGGGGUAUGUGAGUGCAGCAAAGACUUUAAGCGCGGCUACCGGACUUCCAUCUCGGGCGUGGCUCUGGCCUUUUUGUCUUCUUGCCACCACCCCCAUCCCCUCUUUCUUCUCUUCCCUUUUGAAAGUAGCCUCUCUUUGGUUACUUUUAGCCGGUUCCCCCUUGCAAUCCCGCCCCCUCCCCUGCCCAGUCUGGUGAGGUCAGCUCAUGAAUAUCUGUGCACUUCCUGGGGAGCGUCUGGCACUGCUUGGUACCUCGCGUAUUCGCCUGCUCCGAGCCGCAGCUUCAGCCCAGCCACCGACCGCGGAGGAGUAAUACGCUCUUCUGGCCGCUGAGUCUCCACGUUAACGCCAUUGUUUGGAGAAACCGAUUUCGCAUGGAACUGGAACCAACAGGCCCAAAGGCAAAGUGCUCAGCCAGACAGUUGUAUAGAAUACUACGAAGCUAAACUUUCCUCGCCUCCGAAAGACACAAUAAGAAACCCUGAAUUCCCUGGAAGAUCAGAAAGAAAGCGCUGUUGAUUUGUUUCAACUUCGAAACAUCGCCUCUGCUAAGAAAUUAGAAAGGAAAUUGGUGGCAGUGAGGAGGGACGAGAAUGAUCUGGUGAUGGAUUACUGUAAAUCGCAUCCAAUAGAUUCUUGCUAGAUUGCCAUGAGUCAGCCACCGACGGGGGGCGCUGCCCCUGCCACGGCAGCAGCUUCUGCCGCCACCGCUGCCACUGAGGCUCGCUUGCACCCGGAGGGCAGCAGCAGAAAGCAGCAGCGUGCUCAGUCACCCGCUAGACUGAGAGACAAUUCGGUCCGACAGACAACCGCGACCACCCGGUCCCCAAUAGGGGCCGGUACUAAAGUCAAUUCUGUUCGACAGCAGCAGCUGCAGCAACAGCAGCAGGGCAACAAGACCGGGAGCCGCUCGGCGCCUCCUGCCAGCGCCCGAGGAAGCGGAGGCGGGGCGGAAAAGGCCGCACCCCUGGCUCCCAAGGGGGCCGCGCCGGGAGCUGUCCAGACAGUGGCUGGUGCUGAAGCGGCCCCGGUGGCGACCCUGGCCCCGGCAGGUGUUAGGAGGCCUGGCCCGUCGGAGGAGACGCCCCGGGAGCUAGAUCCUGCGUCCUCUAAACUCGGGGAACCCCCUCCGCUUGGAGAAGGAGGAGGAGGGGGUGGGGAAGGAGGAGGAGCCGGCAGUGGCUCUGGGGAAAGGGAGGGGGGCGCUCCGCAGCCGCCGCCGCCGCCCAGGGGCUGGCGAGGGAAAGGCGUACGCGCUCAGCAGAGGGGCGGCAGCGGCGGGGAGGGGGCCGCCCCUUCGCCAUCCUCCUCCUCUGCGGGCAAAACCCCGGGCCCCGGCAGCAGAAACUCCGGGAUAGGCGUUGUGGGGGGUGGCAGCGGUGGCGGAGGGAGCUACUGGAAGGAAGGAUGUCUGCAGUCUGAGCUCAUCCAGUUCCAUCUCAAGAAAGAGCGGGCGGCAGCGGCGGCGGCCGCGGCUCAGAUGCACACUAAGAACGGCGGCGGCGGCAGCAAUCGUAGCUCUCCGGUCGCUGGCGCUCCUUCCAUUUGCGAGCCCCUCGCAGUCCCUUUCAACUCCUCAAUGGCGGCGGCAGCAGAGGGCCCUCAACAGAGCGCAGAGGGCAGCGCGAGCGGUGGGGGUAUGCAGGCAGCGGCGCCCCCUUCGUCGCAGCCGCACCCGCAGCAGCUCCAGGAGCAGGAGGAGAUGCAGGAGGAGAUGGAGAAGCUGAGGGAGGAAAAUGAGACUCUCAAGAAUGAGAUCGAUGAACUGAGGACCGAGAUGGACGAGAUGAGGGACACUUUCUUCGAGGAGGACGCCUGUCAACUGCAGGAAAUGCGCCACGAGUUGGAGAGGGCCAACAAAAACUGCCGGAUCCUGCAGUACCGCCUCCGCAAAGCCGAGCGCAAAAGGCUCCGCUACGCGCAGACAGGGGAAAUCGACGGCGAGCUCUUGCGCAGCCUGGAGCAGGACCUCAAGGUUGCAAAGGAUGUAUCUGUGAGACUUCACCAUGAAUUAGAAAAUGUGGAAGAAAAGCGAACAACCACAGAAGAUGAAAAUGAGAAACUGAGACAGCAGCUUAUAGAAGUUGAGAUAGCAAAGCAAGCUCUGCAGAAUGAACUGGAAAAAAUGAAGGAGCUAUCUUUAAAAAGAAGAGGAAGCAAAGAUUUGCCAAAAUCUGAAAAAAAGGCUCAACAGACUCCCACAGAGGAGGACAAUGAAGAUUUGAAAUGCCAGCUGCAGUUUGUGAAGGAAGAAGCUGCUUUGAUGAGAAAGAAAAUGGCCAAGAUUGAUAAAGAAAAAGACAGAUUCGAACACGAGCUCCAGAAGUACAGAUCCUUUUACGGGGAUCUAGACAGUCCUUUACCCAAAGGAGAAGCAGGGGGACCGCCCAGCACCAGGGAGGCUGAGCUCAAGCUACGGCUGAGGCUGGUGGAGGAAGAAGCCAACAUCCUGGGCAGAAAAAUCGUCGAACUGGAGGUGGAGAACAGAGGCUUGAAGGCAGAGCUGGACGACCUGAGGGGCGAUGACUUCAAUGGCUCGGCCAACCCUCUCAUGAGGGAGCAGAGCGAAUCACUCUCGGAGCUGCGGCAGCACCUGCAGCUGGUGGAAGACGAGACGGAGUUGUUGCGGAGGAACGUGGCAGACCUGGAGGAGCAGAACAAGCGCAUCACCGCGGAGCUCAACAAGUACAAGUACAAGUCCGGCAGCCACGAGAGCUCACGGCACCAUGACAACGCCAAGACUGAGGCCCUACAGGAGGAGCUGAAGGCUGCGCGCCUGCAGAUCAACGAGCUCAGUGGCAAGGUCAUGCAGCUGCAGUAUGAGAACCGUGUGCUUAUGUCCAACAUGCAGCGCUACGACCUGGCCUCACACCUGGGCAUCCGCGGCAGCCCCCGCGACAGUGACGCCGAAAGUGACGCGGGCAAGAAGGAGAGCGAUGAUGACUCCCGGCCACCACACCGCAAGCGCGAAGGGCCCAUAGGCGGCGAGAGCGACUCGGAGGAGGUGCGCAACAUCCGCUGCCUCACGCCCACUCGCUCCUUCUACCCAGCGCCGGGGCCCUGGCCCAAGAGCUUCUCAGACCGGCAGCAGAUGAAGGACAUACGCUCAGAGGCCGAGCGCCUGGGCAAGACCAUCGACCGGCUCAUCGCUGACACCAGCACCAUCAUCACCGAGGCACGCAUCUACGUGGCCAACGGGGACCUGUUCGGACUGAUGGACGAGGAGGAUGAUGGCAGCCGCAUCCGCGAGCACGAGCUGCUCUACCGCAUCAACGCUCAGAUGAAGGCCUUUCGCAAGGAGCUGCAGACCUUCAUCGACCGCCUGGAGGUGCCCAAGUCCGCGGACGACCAGGGCGCCGAGGAGCCCAUAUCCGUGAGUCAGAUGUUCCAGCCUAUCAUUUUACUUAUUCUCAUUCUUGUAUUAUUUUCAUCACUUUCUUACACAACGAUAUUUAAACUCGUCUUCCUUUUUACACUGUUUUUUGUACUGUAAAUCUUUCAUCAUUUACCAUUCAUUGUAGUAUUUCAGUUUGUUUGUUUUGUUCACCCUUCAAGACAAGAAGUAAAAGAAGUAUAAUUUCUGUAGUAACCAAUGCUAUAAAAACACUGAAGACUGCUUAUUUCUUUAAAAAGACACAUCUUACCCCUACCGAAUUCAAUAAGAAGCCCAAGCGUUAAAGAUUUCAGGCAAGUGAGACUGCUUCAAAUAAAACAACUCCAAGCUUCCAAGAAACAGUUAAGAGAAGACAGAGACGAGCAGAAACACCCCUUCACCAACACUCGCACGGUUGCCAUGGACCUACAUAAGCAGUGG